AUGGCGGAAAAACUGCUUUCAUUUAAUGCAAAUAUUGAUGCCCAGAGCAAGUAUGGAGACACACCACUUUUACUUGCUCUACAGUACAACAAACUGCAAAUGGCAGAAUUUUUAAUCCAGAAGAAAGCAAAUAUACAUAUAGUUGACAAGGAAGGAAGAACAACUCUCAUGUUUGCUGUGAAACAUAAAGCAAAAAAUAUAGUCAAGCUGCUUCUUGAAGGUGGUAUUAAUGUCUCUGCUGAAGAUAAGUCUAGACAGACUGCAUUAUCUUACGCUAUUGCUAGUGGUCAAAAUGCGUUUCCCAGUGAACCAGAUUCUGACGAUUCUGAUGAUUCCUGUUCUCUAUUAGAGGAGGGCAACUGUCCAACUGAUACCAAGAAUGUCCCGAAAGAAAAAGAAUUAGAUGAAGCUUUUCAGCCAAACAGGAAAGAGGAAGCAAAAUAUGGCUUUGAUAAAAAAGAAAGAAUCUUGUUUAACAACAUUGCUUUGAACAGUCAAAAGGAUGACAUGGCAGAAACCACUCGGCGCAAACAGGACAGAUAUCGUUGUGGGAUCAAUACUGAGUGUUACACUACUACUUGCUUACCAGGAUGUGUUACGGGACCAUAUGCAGCUACAGAGUGUAUCUCUGAGACUGUUCCAGAGAAAUUUGUUUCUCCUAUAUUUGAUGAUGAACCUGAACAAGCAAAACAGAGAACAAAGGAACAUGCAAGAGAAUUAUGGAAAAUCAUUGCCUUUGUGUGUAUUUCUUCAAGUACUGGUCCUGCCUUGCCCAUGGAGGUCGGAAAGGAAACUACAACGGAGAAACGGGACUCCCGAGGGUCUGAUGCUCCACCUUGGACAGGGCCGGCUGACCCAACUGCCAGCCUUCCACAAACAAAGGAGGAUCGCAGCUUAAGUGAACCUGUUGAGGAUAAAGGAAGGCCCACAGAGAAAACAUCUAAUGAGAAGGAGGGCAAGGAUGCAGUUCAUUCCUAUCAAAAAAUAAUAGAAUUGGAAGGAAAUGACUGUCUGCAGUGUUCUGCAUUUGUUAAAAAUAUUGCAAGACUGAAAAGGAAGAUUUCUGGAGCGAAAAAGGAGCUAUCAGAACUAAGAACAGUGACAUUGGAGCUGGAGCAGAGGAGAGCAGUAUGGAAAGAACAACUCUACAGCCUGAGAUGCAUGUUACAAGAAGGAGAGGAGAAGAGCAAAAAUUAUGAUCAGAUUUAUGAACACUUUAAGGACCAGUUAAGAAAAGAAGAGGAGGAAUGUAAUGAACAAGUCGAAGUCACAAAACAACUUGAAGUCUCUCUGAGGAUGUUAGAUACAGAAUUGAGAACUACAAGAAAUAAGUUGAAUCAGGUUUCUACCAAUGAAACAGAGAGAGAACUGUUGCACGAAUAUGUCAGAUUGCAGGAUGAGAUCGCUUCGAUGAGACUGGACAUUGACACCCUAAAAUAUCAAGAGGAAAAGGAAAAGAAGUAUCUUGAGGAUAUUGAAAUUUUAAGGGAAAAGCAUAAUGCCCUUCAAAGCACAGUCAAGCUGAAUGAGGAAAUAUUUAUAAAAACCACACUCCAUUAUAAAGAAAAGAUCCGUCUUCUGAAAGCUGAGCUUGCAAUGCAAAAUUUCAACCUGGAGAAUGAAGAAGAAAACACAGAAACUCUGGAAACAGAAGUCAGUUCGUGUCCUGUCAGACUGGCCGCUGCUCCACACCAUCCUGAUGACAGUGAGAGAGCAGAAAGAGACCUGGGACUUGUUUUCCAGGGAGCAAGAAAUGAGGGUUUUGGUUCACAGGCCAAGGAGGAUUUUGAUACAUCCAGUCUAACAGUUGGUUAUGAGCUUCUUCCCCAACAGCUUUCUAGGUCUGAGAUGAAAAUCGGUAGCCUAGAAAACGAGCUCCAUCAUACAGUAGAUGCUUUUAGAAAAGCGACUUUUGAUUUAAUACAAACACAAGGCCAGAUUGAGAAAAUGGAACACAGUGAUCAAGAUGAAAAAAGUCAAGGGAAUAAAUACACUAAAACCCAGGAAUGGAUAGAGAAGAGAUUCUCUCAACCACAACGUGAAUAUACAUUGCCUCAACAGAAAUUGCGUGACCUUCGCAACCAAGUUGAAAAUGAGGAAGAUAUACUCACUAAUAUCCAAGGCCGGUUUCACCAUAUGGUGAACAUGUUUCAAGCUCAGACUGAAAAUCACAAUCUCAAGGAGGAAAACAGGAACAUGGAGUUAAUCAAUGAAUGCGACGAGUUCAGAGACGAGCUGUAUCCAUACGAAAAUAUGGAAGCAGAAAGAGAAGAAUUCCUGGGUGCUGCUCUAAAGGGCCAGGACCUGAGAGGGGAUGUGGAGGGUGAGGGUCAUCAUGAUGGCUCACUGGAGCUGGAACGGCCAGCCCGAUUCGGGAGCACCUUGCGAGCGCUCUCGUUGGUCCUGGUAACUGAACCUUCACCUCCUGGAGUCACUUCUGCUACUCGUGGGGCGCUUUUCUGGAGUUAUUCAGCCGAGCCCCGGUCCUUCUCAUCCUGCUCCUCGCGCGUCCCGCUCGCUCCUGGUCCCGGGUCCCUGGCCUCCCCCGGCCCGCAGACACCAGCAGGGGACGCAGGGGGCCUGGGCUCUCAGGGAUCCUGA